AUGUCAUUCAUUCUACCUCUAGUACGCUCUGUCUUUUUCCUUCGGGCUUUCUUUGUCUUGAUCAUCUUGGGUGCAUAUUCUCAAUCCAAAGUGCCACCGGCGCAAUCGAAGCAUCAAAAGCUUUCCGACAGUGACGAAUGUCCCUCUUACACUAUCAUUUCAGUAAGAGGUACCAGUGAACCUCAAACGCAUCCAGUAUGCUGCUCAGGCUUUAUCAAAGGGGUCUUAUCUACAGUACCAGGAGGAAAAAAUUAUGAAGUAAUUUAUCCAGCAACUAUGGAUUUCAUAACGGGACCAUUAACAGCUGCAGACGAUACAAUCAGAUACGUUGAAUCGAUUGAUAAAAGGUGUCCAAAUCAACCAUUUAUUUUAAUUGGUUAUUCUCAAGGUGCUAUGGGAGUUGUACGUUCAUUGAUGAGAGAUGAAAUGCAAGAUAAAAAUGUGGUGGCUGUUGUGAUGUAUGGUAAUCCAUAUCGCACUCCAGGAUCACUAGAAAAUGCUGGAACAGCCACUGAUGGCCGCGGGCUAGAAGCUAUCAGUGAUGUUAGAUUACCAGAAAGGUAUCAAUUCGUAACUCUUGAUAUUUGCCUCUUGGGAGAUAUAGUUUGUUCUGGACGUGGUGGUAUGAAAGCUCACUUGAGAUACAAAGGGUCUCCACAAGAGCAAGAAGCAGUCAGGUUUGCUGCGAAUAAUCUUCAAGGAAAACAAGGGAGAAUUCUACAAACCUCUUUUGAUAUUGAUCAAUGA